CACUUCUACAAGAGAAAAUGAGACGGAUUCUUUUAUUUCUCCUGGUUUUGGUUAGUCCUAGAUAUAUUACAGGAGAAAGAAUACCCCCUCAAGUUGACGUGUACUACGAGUAUAUUCGGGAGGGAGAAAUACUAGAUCUUGUCUGCAGAGUUCGGGCUCAUCCACCCUCGUUUACAACUAAAUGGAUGUGGGAUAAAGACGACCUUGAUGCCAGGGUAGAAAUAAAAGAUUAUGGAAACUCUCAUAUUCUUCGCAUUCACAUUCAUAAUCAGGAUCAUUAUGACCUGGAAGGAUACUAUACUUGCAUAACUGAGAAUGCGUUUGGAGAAAGUCAGGCUACACUGAGGAUUGAUGAACCUGGAACUGGUGAACUUGUGAUUACUGAGGUACUAAACGGGGUUCCUGGAGUACAGUGUACUGCUUCUCUUAUUCUAUUUGUACUCACUGCAAUGUACCUAAUUUAGUACAAUAGUUUCACUCACUGACACCCACCAAAUUUAAUUUAAUAAUCGGUUUCAUCUAUCUUCAUUUUUUUCUUAUUUCUAUUCACCCUUCGCAUUUGUUCAUUUAUCCUUCUGUAUACAACAUGAUUUAAUCAAGUACUCAUCAAUUUAUUGUAAAUAUUGCUCAUUUAAAAGAAGCUAAUGCUAUAUCGUUAACGAAUGUUUUUUUACACACCUUUUACAUAAAUUGUAAACCUUCCUUAAAGAAACUGUAACAUAAUUUAAAGCGAAUAAUUGACCUUAGUAGUUUUUUUUAUCUAAAGAUACUCAUUUUGGGAAUUAUAUGUUGUUUAAAUGUUUUUGAAUACAGUAAGAACCAGAAAACGGUGGAAUAGGAAGACGACAUUGAAGCAAUGCUAAAUUACGUUUAUUUGAUUUAUUAAGUGAAAAUGAUCUGUUUACACACAAUUGCUGUGUAGCAUGUUCAUUUGACUAUUCAAAGUCAUAACGUGAUUCUAAAAGUCGUCUUUCUAUUCCAGAGAUUUCUGGUUGCAUGUCACUGUAUGCAUUUAUGUUGUACUGUACUGUAAGUGGAAAGAAUUAAUGUACAUUUUACCUUACAAUAAUCUGUCCGUCACAACUUACAUAUUUACAACUUACAUAUUCAAAUAUUUUAUUUUAUUCUUGCUCAACGUACAAAAUCAAAAAGAAAGUGUUUUUUGACGUUUUAUUUUGUAUCUACCCUUUCUUAAUAAAUGUACAAGUUUCUUAAAAGCUAUGAACAUGUACCCCUAUAUAAUAAAUAAGUAGAUAUAUACCUGAACUCCAAGAAAUUGUAAAUAUGUUAUCAAAAAAUGUCCAUUCAGUUAAAUUUAAAAGCACCAAAGAGAUUUUUGCCAACUUCCAAAUAUAUCCAAAAAUGCGUACAAUAUUUCAAAACUUGGUUUUGUAAUUUUAUAUCUUACUCCCAAAAAAGUUCUGUAAUUAGUGUUAAUAAUAUAUAUAGUUGUAAAUGUG